GCAGCACACCAGUACCAGGCUGUGACAAUACCGCGACAUCGUCACCACAGCUUUGACAAAAGCUGUCUUAUUUGGGUCGUCGCAACGAUCGAGGUUGCUUGGACCACACUGAAACUUAAUUGUCCACGACCCGGUUCGUUGAUACAUCAUGUCAUUGGAGUGCCCUCUUCUUGUGUGGAUGCUCUUUCUCAAUCGAGAGAUGACAGUUGAGGAGUAUGACCAGUGCUACCAUACGACGCGUACAUGCGUCCCUCAUGCGAAUGUGGCGCAUGCACGGGAACAACUCGAUACAUCGCGGCAAAUGAUUGCGCAUAUGCUCCCAUUGCUAAUGAUGCGGCACCGAAGAGUACCUAGGUCAAGGUGGAAAGACAUGGUCAGCGAUAAUGGGAAGCACUACAUAGAACAGGACAUCGACAAUGCCAUGAACCCAACGGGCCGUCUACGGGCGAUGAUCGGCUACCACCUCGCGUACGACAGCAACCUCAUCGGUAUGGUCAUGACCCAAGGCCGGCAAAGAGAUGUCAUCAACGUGGGGAUCGGCAUCAAGCAACUCGCGGUCUCCCCACCAGAUAUUUCCGUCAAUGUUUAUGCAGAGUCUUUCUAUCACAAGGUGCCUCACCCCCUCGAAAUGACGUUCAUCAAGCCAGAAGACGGCGAUGAAGUCGUCUUGCGCCGGCUCUGCCUCCUACUCGCGCUCAAGCAAGCGUACAUCAAAGCGAUCGGGCAGCCGAUGGGCUUCGACUGGGCGCGGCUCGAGUUCAACGUGCCGCGGCAGACCGUGACGGGGGACAACGUGCCACUGCUCGGCUGGGAGUUCCGCGUGUGGACGAGCGACAUCGGCGGCACGCGCGGCGAGGUCGCCAACACGAAGUUCAUCUGGCAGAAGGAGCGGAAGGACAUCGAGAGCUGGGUGCAGUUCAUCAAUCUGGACCAGCUCAUCAACGUCGUCCCGAAGCUCAUGGACUGA